CUAAAAUCCACGAUGGGUUGUUCAUACAAGCCAAGAAAUCUUAUGGAUCAGGCCUCCAAGGGUCUACUCAGCCUUGUCCACAUUGCAGAUCGAUCUACCCACGCUUAUCCACCCUCACCAAUCGACUCGUGAACAGCGCAGCAGACUUCGUAUAUCCCGGUCUAUCAUUGACUUUGAUGGGUGAACAAUGUUGCUAUUUUCAGUUUAGGCGUCAGACAUUUGGAACAUGUCUAUCUUGGACUUACUUCGUUGGCUAACUGACUGGACGCCUUACGGGCCUAAAUGUCGAUCAUCCAGUAAGCCUUCAGCUACAGCUACCACGGAGGAGUCAGAAGACAAUAUAUAAUCUGCAGAAAUGCCCGCAGAGCUAUUCACAGACUCACAGACAAUUAACGGAGAAUUUACAAGUCCACUUCCAUUCAUUGGCAGACUCCACACCUUCAUCUCUAAACCAAAGAAUAUCAUCACCAUGCAGCUCCUCUCCAUCCUCCCUAUCGCGGCCUUGGCUAGUACUUCCCUCGCAGUACACUGGAACGUGACCCUCUAUACCGACACCGAGUGCACCGAAUAUAAGUGGUCAUACGCCGGAAACCAGAGUUACGGGUGCUACUCGCUUGAGACAUACAACCCAACCAUUCAGUCUAUCAGGGCUGAGAUUCCCGAGGAUUGGGUUUUCGAUGGAGCGAGCGGCGGUGCUUGCAAUAACUUUCACACUUUUGGGGGCUCGGGAUGCUGGACUCAGGGUCAGGGAUUUAAGUCUUUCCAAGUAUACCCGCAGGCAAGCUGAGGUGAUGUUACCCAACGUCGAUGGAAUAAAAAUGACUCUUUGUUCAUGGUAUACAUGCCACUUAUAUGAUAUAUGCUUCAAUUGUAUCUAGCUUUUUUGCCAUGCGCUCAGCACUAGGGAUAUACUAGUCAUGAGCAUUUGGUUUUCUAUAACAUAACCACGAGACGAGGUUUCUGUUGUACUUAGACCAGUUACUAUGGGAUCUUUCGCUCUUAUCUUUUCUGGAACGCAAUGGUAUGUGUAAAAAGUGUUCAGAUAGAC